UUGUUUUCUCUACGUAAAUCUACAAAAAUAAUUCUGACAUGCUAAACGAUGUAUAUAUCUUUUGUUUUUAAGUUUCUGUUGAGAAAGUCCAUAUGUUUAGUGAACGAAAUUUUCUGUUCGGAUAACAAUAACAAUUAUGUCUGCAGUUUGCUAACGCUUGCAUACUCGAAUUUGCUGAUCGAGUCAAAGUCUCUCCCACCCAUCAUAAUUGGAUGCCUGCGUUAAUGCAGACAUAAAUCUGGUCACUAUUUACAAAAACCAAAAAAGAGAAAAAGAAAAAGUAUACACGUCGCAUCUUUAUAAUUGCACAUACGCAAACCUGGAAUGGAGGUGUUAUUUAUUGCUUUCUGUUUAAUUACUUUAGUUAAUGGAUACAAUUACACGAGCAUUAUUGCGACAGGUGGAGAUGGUGAUCUACUGGUGCCGGAUAUUCUGAGGAUCGCAGAAGCCUUAGAGGAAGCGACGCAGGGAAGGUGUCGGGAGGAUUUCAGAGCUUAUCUGGAGGGAUUCGCGAAGCAGGAGAGAUGGGCAAUGAACAUGUUCGACUCUUCGGUGAAGUUUCCUCAAGGAAUUCUUGCAGGAAAUUCUUACCAGCUGGGAAAUUUCGAUCAAUGUUUAUCCGAUGAUUUCGGCCAGUAUUGCCUGAUUCAAAUAUCCAGCAACAGUUUUGCCAAAGAAACUCAGUAUAAACGAAUGUUCUCGAAGAACGGAAGUAGUGUUCAUUGGGCGAUCUGCGUUCCAUCCAGCUGCAGCCCGGAGGAAAUUCGUGUACUGUUCGAAGAUGUUUUCCAGAGAUUCUUCGAUGAAUCAGCGUUGGCUGUCACAGUGCCUCCAUCUCUUUGCAGCAAGAACCAAAGGAAACCGAUCACCUACUUGGAGAUAAUCUACAGCUCGAUCAUCUGUUUGUUCGUGACGUUCGUUCUCGGGACGACGCUCUACCACGUCGUUCACAUCCGGAAGAAAUCGAAGAGGUCGGAGUACGCGUUGGACAGGAGCAGAAAGACGGAUCCUCUUCAUAAGCAAAUUCUGAUCUCUUUUUCGCUGAUCAGAAACGCGUCGAAGAUCUUGGCUGUACGGAGCACCAACAACGAGCUGAAUUUGGAUUGCAUCUGCGGCGUACGCGUCAUCUCGAUGGUGAUGAUUUUGUCUGGGCACUGCUUGAUCUUUCGCAUCACCUCGCCCAUCGUCAACGCCGAUUUUUACGAAAACGAACUCGGAAAACCGCAGAACGCUAUUUUCUUGAACAAUCCUCUUCUCGUCGACACCUUCCUCUUGUUGAGCGGUUUCCUCUUCUGUCGUUUACUGUUGCAGGAGCUGGAAAAGAAGAAGGGUGGUGUUAACGUGUUCUUUCUAUACAUCGCCAGAUACGUCAGACUGACGCCUGCCUACUGCGUAGUUUUGGGAUUCUACUGCACGUUCCUCCUGCGUUUAGGCGAUGGUCCUCUUUGGCAGCAGAAAGUGGGCGUCGAGCAGGAGCGUUGCUUGAAUUCUUGGUGGACUAAUCUCCUCUACCUCAACAAUUACCUGCAAACUGAUCAACAGUGCAUGUUCCAAUCCUGGUACCUUUCCGUGGACACGCAACUCUUCGUCUUCGCACCGAUCGUCAUCUACUCGCUGUGGAAAUGGACGUUGCUCGGACCUCUUCUGCUCGCUUUAACCCUAAUGGUAACGGCGAUUUUGCCGUGGUUAAUCACCUUUUUCAGGCAACUGGAUCCCACGCUCAUGAUUUAUCUGAAUGAGAUUCAAGAUUUGACGAACAACCAUUAUUUCAAGACUGCCUACAUAAAGACGGAGAUGCGCGCUAUUAGCUACGUGAUUGGUAUGGUCUUCGGUUAUGCGAUUUACAGAUUGCAAGGAUUUAGAAUCCCGAAUUACGUGAUAAUAUUCGGAAAUGUUAUAGCUUUGUUAUGCGGAUUUGCCUCUUUAUUCUCUAUAAUUCUGUUCUACUCUCCGGCGUACGAAUACAACGUUUGGAUUUCAGCGAUUUAUGCACCUCUUCAUCGACUUGGUUGGUGCUUCGCCAUGGGUUGGAUUGUCUUCGUGUGCGUUCUCGACAAAGCCGAAAGUUUUCUGGGCAAAUUCCUCAGCUCCAAAAUAUUCGCGCCUCUGAGCAAACUCACGUACUGCGCGUAUCUGGUGAACGGAAUAGUCGAGAUCUACAGUGCCGGAUCUAUAAGGGUUCCCAUCUACUUAAGCAUCUUUAAUUUGAGUGUCGACGUCGUAGGACACGUUAUCAUCACGUUUGCGAUUGCAUUCGUCAUCUGUUUACUCUUUGAAUCACCGAUACACAAUUUGGAGAAGAUCCUCAUAAAAAGAUAUACAUCUGAGCCUAAGAUAAUAAACGAAGACACUUAAAUUUUUAAAAUCGUACUCAAUAUUUUUAUACGAAUUGCUAAGCAAGC